CUGAAACAGACCCGGUGUUGGAGGAUGGAGGGAAAUCCUGUCACAAUCCACAGGAAGGAGCUGGUCAGUCCACUUCAUCUGAGCCUGCAGUGUUGGUGCCUGGACUUCUGGACAAGGUUGUAACACUUGUCAAGGUCCGUACCAGUGGUAGGAAAACGAAACCGACCUUGAAGGUGCAGAUGGUGAACCUGCAGAAGCUCAAGGGAAAGGUUGCCACCCCAAAGAGGAGGACAGAUGGAAGCUUGAUGAACCCCCAGGGUUUCACACCAUUGCAUUUUAAGAGUGAGGAACACUCCUAUGGCUCACCAGUGGUCUCAACAAAGGAAGGAGAUACAGGUUUUCACUUCUACUCUGUUGGUCCUUCAGGGUGGUGUCCAUUCGUCAACUCAGACGAGGCGUCCGUCCAGCAGCACAUUGAGACAAACCACUCGGGGAAGAGCAGGAAGAUGCUCUGUCUGCUCCGCACCAAACAGGCCAAGCGGGACACUAUGAUUGCCCAGACUGUAACAGCAGCUACAAGUUUCAGUCCUUACUGAAAUACCAUCGGCGCGUCCACACUGGCGAGCGCCCAUACGUGUGCCCUCAGUGCGGACGCCGCUUCUCCUUCAAGCAGUCACUGGAGAGGCACGGACAGACACACAAGGAUGGGCGCAAGCAUGACUGUCUGAUCUGUGGGCAGAACUUCAAGUCCUUGUCAGCGUACACAGAGCACAAGAAGAACCACAUGGAGAACGGUGUGUAUCGGUGUUCGGAAUGCGACCGUCGGUUCUCCUGGAAGUCUGCGCUGGUCAGACACCUCCGGACUCACACGGAGAACGCCACCGAGGCUGAGCUCUCUUACAAAUGCCCAAGGUGUGACUUGGGAUUCAGCAGUAGUACGUACCUUAACAGGCACCUGCUCACACACCAAGAGGAGAGGUUGCAUGUCUGCAGCUGUGGCAAGAACUUUGCCUACAAGGCUGCUCUGACCGCACACCAGCGCACCCACCUGAAAGAGAGGCCACACCAGUGCAAGCAGUGUGGAAAGGGUUUCCUCUACAAGGGAGGGCUGGUAAGUCACAUGAAGAUCCACUCCGAAGAAAUGCCUUUCAUGUGCUCAUUCUGUGGGAAGAGCUUCAAGAGGGAGAGGAACAUGAAGAAACACGAACGCUGCCACACCAGGGAGAACGUGUUCAGCUGCCGCAGGUUUUUCUCCCAUGCGGAGCUUCUAAAGCAUGAGCGCUUCCACACGGGCCACAAGCCGUUCCAGUGCUCCCACUGCGGGAAGCAGUUCACCCAGUCCUGCUACCUGACCAUUCACCUGCGCUACCACACAGGGGUACGGCCUUACUCCUGCACCCAUUGUGACAAGAGCUUUCUCAGCGCCAACCGUCUAAAGAGACACCUGAGAACCCACACAGGAGAGAAACCCUACCUGUGUUCAGAGUGUGGCAAAGGAUUCAAACAGUCAUAUCACCUGAAGAUGCACCAGCAGACUCAUGCCACCAAGAUUUACUGA